AUGGGCUUGUCAAGGUACCAUUCAUUCAGCGGGAAUGUCUACUCAGAGCCGUGCGUGGCCCCACGAGCUCAACAAGAACCAGUCCGUCGAGAAAGACCGCGGAAUGAAAACUUCAAGAGAGACUAUUUUGUUGGAUCGAGAAAUGUGUUUAACCUGAAUGUGCUGAACUUUAAGCAGUUUCUUGGAGACAAAGAGAAAACCCUGGUCAUGUUUUACAACAGCGAUAAAUGCCAACCGUAUGGUCUUGAGAACGAGUUUGCAAAAAUAGCUGACAAAAAUGAUAAUGACAGCUACGGAUUUGGAGCUGUCGACUGCGCUACGGACGGUCCUAUAUGUACCGGAGAGGACGCCUGUCAGACACCCAUGUUCAAACUCUACUCCAACGGCUAUGAAGUGAGCGGCAUCCGAGACACAUCCCGCUUCAAUGCCAAGCAGGUGUUUCUGCUGAUGGUUAUGACUCCAACGCUGGUUGGCAGCCGGAACUAUUGA